AUGUCAACUCCUUCUGCAUCACCACAAAAGAAACGAAGGUUAUCAAACCCUUUGGCAGAAGAUCGCAGAGUUGAACCAACAAAAAAAGCGAAGCAGGAUAACUCAAAUGGAGGAAUUUCUAACGCGAUCACUAAUAAAACGGAGAUACCUUUACCAAUUUUACCAACACUGCCUAUUAAACCCAAUGUUGGUAGUAACUCAAAUGCUCGCGCUGGUACUAGUACUUCAGCUUCUUCCAAUAAUAAUGUCCAGCCGAAUACUACAGGACAGAGCAGUAAUAAUAACAUAUCAAUUAGCACUUCUGAGAUUAACAGUAAUAAAGACAAAGAAAAGGAUCAAAUGUCUGCUUCUACAACAAGUCCGACAUCUCCUGUUAAAGGCAAAGGUAUGCAACAACAGCAAACACAUCAAAGAACAACUUCAAUUUCUUCAACAUAUACACAGCAAUCCAGUACACCAAUGUCACAAAUACCUCCACAAGAAUUAUUUGUUCGUUAUACAAAGAAAGAAGAAGAAAUUCAAACAUUGCUAGGGGAACUUCAAACACUUUCUCAGAUUCUUACACCUGAAUUUUCAUAUGAUUCAUCGCUUCGUAAAAAAUUUCUUGAUCCUGCUAUUAAUGCAUUAUUUCGAACAAUGAAAAAAGAGCUGGAAGAUAAAGAUAAAUUACUUGAAAAUUUACAAAGGGAAUUAGAUGGUGUUAGUUUUACUCCAAAUAGUAUUACAGGUAAAAAACUUGUCGCAAAGUUACUUGCUUUGCAAAAUGAAAAUGAGGAAUUAGGUAGACAACUUCGACAAGGACGCGUUGAGCAAUAUGAAGUAGAAAUAGCUUUACAACGAAAAGUUAUAGAUGAACUUAAACAAGGGCUUGAGGAAUCGGAUAAUCAACUUAUAUCUUUGGAUGCAGAAAUGGAAAGAUUACAAAAUCUUUUGUUUCAAAUGAGAGCAAAAGUUAAAGGUUAUGAAGAAAAAUAUGGUCCUUUAGAAACGGAUAAUAAAGAUGAUGAUGUUGCAGAAACUUCAACUAAAACUUUGAAAGAG